AUAUAUAUAUAUAUAAGCGACUUAGAAGCUGAGGAAGCGACGUGUCUGUGUUUGACAGGAUAUCAGUUUUCUCUUUAUAGAGAUGGUUGAUAAUAUAGGCAAUAGUUUAGAUAGAGAACGCCAUAGGUAUAACUUUUCUGUUGCAGGUACAGGAGCUAGUUGUGGCUCAGGUGAGGAUGGUGCCAGUUCCAUUAAGGAGCAAGAUCGAUUACUUCCCAUAGCUAAUGUUGGGAGAAUCAUGAAGCAGAUUUUGCCUCCUAAUGCGAAAAUAUCGAAAGAAGCAAAAGAAACCAUGCAAGAAUGUGUAUCUGAGUUCAUUAGCUUUGUAACUGGAGAAGCAUCGGACAAGUGUCACAAGGAGAAGCGGAAGACAGUUAACGGAGAUGACAUUUGUUGGGCUCUUGCAACUCUAGGGUUUGAUAACUAUGCAGAUCAAUUGAAAAGGUAUUUGCAUAAGUAUAGGGAGUUUGAAGGAGAAAGAGCUAACCAAAACAAGGCUGGGAGCAGUGAAGAAAAGGAUGAACCAUCCAACGUUUAUAGAGCUGAACCACCAAGGAAACCUGCAGUUUCUUCUUCUACUCCCUUCAACUUCAACGUGACUGACAGCAGUGCUAAUAGCUCCGGCCGCUUUUGAAACACAUGUAUAUUGAGUGUGGUAAUUUUCUACUCCUAUCUUAUGAUGCUGCUUGUAAUUUAUGAUGCUAUAUAUUACAUGGUGAGGCUUGGAUGCUGUGGGGACGUUUCAGAUGUUUCUGCCAUUGAGGCCUAAGGAUCCACUCCCUUGGUUUUUGUUUCCCUGUUAUUAGCUUAAGAAUUGUGGGGAAUUAAAGCUAAUAAUCCUUGUAUUUUAAUUUGUGCUGAAAUUAUGAUCUCUCGAAUCAGACAGUAUUAUAACAGAUGCACGACCGACUGUUGUAUAUUGGUUUGUAAUUUGGAAUUUUAUCUGAAUAUCUAGGGUUUGGUUUGAGAUUAAUAUAUAAGGUGAAGUUUCAGAUUAACA